AUGUCCUCUGCAUUGGGUCGCUCAGUACUGAAACGUAUCCCUAUGCCGUCCAAAGUCGCCAUGCCACCUGUCUCGAGCGGGAACCGUAAUAUUAAAAGACACAGGGCCAAAAAACAGAACCCAGAACCUACUACGCCGUUGGGAGUGCUACUGAAUCAUGAGAUCCCAGAAAUAUGCAGAGAGCACAAUCUGACCCUUGCACAGGUGUCUAACCCCUUAAACAAGGUUUUAAAUAAUACAGACUUGCGUGCAAAAUACAACAGAGUGGUUGAGUCUGUCGAAAUUCUGAAGUACUCCUCCAACGGCGAAGGACUGGCGUUGCUACCACACCCUGAAAUUCCAGAUGGGAAGCAGAUCGCAUUGGUUCCGUUCGCGAUGCCAGAGGACAUUGUUACAAUCCGAGUUUUCAUGACCAAAGAGACCCAUGUGGACGCCGAUCUGCUCGAAAUCGAGAAACCCUCACCCCUGAGGAAACAGGAACUUAUCAGAUGCAAGUAUUUUGGAGCCUGUUCUGGGUGUCAGUACCAGCCGAUCGAAUAUGACGACCAGCUCAAUUUCAAACGCCAAACUAUAAUCAACGCCUAUAGAUACUUUGCUCCACGUCUGACAUCUUUGGGAAAAUUGCCUGAGGUUGGAGCAACUGUUGCUAGUCCGCUCCAGUAUGGUUACCGCACAAAACUGACUCCUCAUUACCAAUUCAGCCGCCACCAGGAUCCGUCACUGCGUCCCAAUUUUGGAUUUGGCUCUAAGGGCCGUCCAUCUUGGAGAGACGUGCCAAAAAGAGAUUACCCCGGUGAAGUGAUGGAUAUCGAGGAUUGCAUAAUAGGAACAGACAUUGUGAGACAGGGAUUGAAGAAUGAGCGCGCGCGGCUUGAGAAGCUAAUCGAAGCUGGACAAGUGAAACACAAGGGAGCGACAGUCUUGCUCAGAGAAGACACUCGACGCAGUCGUGAGGAGCUGAAGGGAUCUACAACAGAGGAUGGAACGCUUUCAGUUGUGGAGAAAGAUGACAUGUUCAAGACCUGUGUCACUGACAACAACGCCAUUGUGAGUGAGUACGUGAAUGGCUUGCGGUUUGACUUCGUGGCCAACGAGUUCUUUCAGAACAAUAACUCUAUCUUGCCAAAAGUUUUAGAGUACGUCAAGUCUAACCUUGCAUUCGACGAGUCCGGCGAUAAUUACCUUGUCGACGCGUACUGCGGAUCAGGUCUGUUCAGCAUUUCGUGUGCAUCGUCUGUUCGCCAAUCGUUAGGCGUGGAGAUUUCUGCUCAUUCGAUCAAAUUCGCCAAGAGAAAUGUGGAACUGAACGAUAUUCACAAUUGCGAGUUCAUUGAGGGCAAAGCUGAAAAGCUUUUUGAGAAGAUCGAUUUCCCUAAGGACAGAACAUCUGUGAUUUUAGAUCCUCCACGAAAAGGGUGCGAUGAGGUUUUCCUGAAGCAGCUCGCAGAGUUCUAUCCGAAAAGAAUUGUUUAUGUUUCUUGCAAUGUUCACUCGCAAGCCAGAGAUGUGGAAUACUUCCUCACGGAAACGGAAAAGGGCAAGGACUAUAAACUUGAAAGCAUCAUUGGGUUCGACUUUUUUCCGCAGACACACCACGUCGAAGGCGUCGCAGUUCUGAGCCGUGCUACGAAUUAA